CUAUGAGACAGAAAACUAUCGCAAUUGCUUUUGACAACUCCACAGUAACGACUGGAAAUGAUCCUCAAAUUAUUAUUUAUUUUCUUAUUGGGCUUUUGUAGUUUGGGUUAGACAUUGCGUCGUUUCCAGAAAAGGAAGGCUUAUUUGGACGUUCCAAUGGCUCUUCGGGUGGCGUGGAACUGUAUACGAGAAACAGGAAAGAGCUAUUUCCAGCAACUCGGUAGUGAUUGGAAUCCUUGUUCUAUUCAACCAAGUUAUGUGCCUGUCAGAGGUUUGAGAGGCUCAACGAAAGGCAACAGAAGAGACACGAAUACAGGUCCCAAGUUUACGCAGGGGAGAAAGGUAGUAGUUUCCCAAAUCUUGGUGCGACAAACAGGAACAAGAUUUCUCCCAGGUUUUGGUAUUGGAGUUGGUAGAGACUUUACUCUAUAUGCACUACAUCCCGGAAGAAUUAUUUAUGAAAAGAUCCGAGAUAAGAAAGGUCGAAAGAGAACAGUUGUUCAUGUGAUUACAGAGGAAGAUUUUAGGUCUAUGCAGCAGAAGAGACUGCAAAAGAUAGUCGAAGAUGCUAAAACUUUUGGUGGUAUAUUUGGGCCUAUGGAGGAACAACAACAAGCCAAGUUGACCGAGUGAAAUUCCUUUUCACAUAUCUUUUAUUCUUUGGUCAGACUGCUUUUUUAGAAGCUUUGUUCAUAUGACAAUUUUACAAUAAAUCAAUCUGAAUGAAA